AUGCACACGGUCUACAUCCUCGACUUCGGGAUUGCUCGCAAGUACACAAAUCACAAGGGAACGCUCAAGUGCAAGAAUGACUAUCAGAAGAUUCUCACCUACAUCGAUCGCCUCGAGUACACCGAUCAUGUCGAUGAUCAAUUCACCUACGAGAAGCUCAAACGGAUCGCUGCCCAGCAGAGCAUCAACAUCGACGGCCCGUACGAUUUCGAGCCGCCUUCAAAGAAG